AUGACCCUUCCCCAUAGGCCACAGGGUGAGGUGGGGGCAGGGGCUCCAGGUUGGGCGGCAGCGGGACUGGCUCGGGGUGCGGGUGCUGGCUUCCGCUUGGCACGUGGCCUGCAGGGCGGUGGGCACAGGCUGUGCUCCUCUCGGUCUGCAGAAGAUUUAACCAAUGGCUCAUACGAUGAUAUCCGAAAUGCUGAACAACUUCAGAAACUCCUCUACCUGCUUGAAUCAACCGAGGAUCCUAUAGUUACUGAAAGAGCCUUGUUCACUCUGGGUAACAGUGCAGCCUUUUCAACCAACCAGGCAAUUAUUCAUGAAUCGGGUGGUAUUCCAAUUGUUGGAAAUAAAAUCAACAGUCCAAACCAGUGUAUUAAAGAGAAAGCUUUAAAUGCACUAAAUAACCUGAGUGUGAAUGUUGAAAAUCAAAUCAAAGUAUACAUCAAUCAAGUCUGCAAGGAUGUCCUGUCCGUUCCCCCAGACUCGGCUGUGCAGUUGACCAGGCUGAGACUGUUAACAAGCAUGACGGUUACCAAUAACCACCAGCACGUGCUGAGCAGUUCCACUGCAGACCUGUCCCACGUGUUACAGGCUAGAAACGGGACCACCAAGGUUCAAGCUUUGAAGCUGGUUGUGAAUUUGUCUGAAGACCCAGCCAUGAGAGAAGGGCUUCUCAGUGCCCAGGUGGACUCGUUGUUCCUUUCCCUUUUUGUUGGCCAUGUGCCACAGGAGAUUUUUCUUCAAGUUCUUACACUGUUUCAGAGUAUAAAUGACUGCCUCAGAGCGGGAGGCUGGUUAGCUGUUCAGCCUCCUUUCCCUACAGGGUCACUGUUUUCCCUGCUGUGUGGAGAAGAAUGUGUCCAGAACGUGAGGGCAUUAGUUUAUCGUGAUGAUGUGGACCUGAGAGAAAAGAUUGUAACAAUAAGACCAAAAUCCUGA